CAGCCGCAACCUAACCCAACUAUUAAAAAAGUUUUUAACAAAUGCCGUCGUCGUUUGGAUUGUUUUUACACGUGGUGUAGUGUUCUCUUAAUUUUUUUAUUAAACAGUUUCUUAUAUAUAAAAAUGGUGAAAUUGUUUGCUCUUUUUGAGCAUGCUGCUGGCUAUGGAAUAUUCAAAGUUCAGGAGUUCGAAGAAAUUGGAAUUAUUUCACCUCAACUUGAAGCUUCAAUUAAUAACUUUCCCCAAUUUAACAGCAUUGUACAGCUUGUCAGUUUUUCGCCUUUUAAAACUGCAGUUGCAGCUUUGGACAAUAUUAAUGCAAUAUCCGAGGGCGUUUUACCAGAAGAUUUACAGAACUUUUUAGAUAUAACUGUUCCAAAAAAGAAAUCAGUUACUUUGGGUGUAAGCGAUCCAAAAUUAGGUGCUGCGAUCACUGAGGCGCUCGCUAUUCAAUGCAGUCAUGUAGGUGCGGUUCCUGAAAUUAUGCGAGGAAUUCGUCAUCACUUCCACAAUUUAAUAAACGGUUUUACACUAAAGAGUUCUGGAACUGCUCAGCUAGGUUUAGGACAUUCUUAUUCAAGAGCCAAAAUUAAGUUUAAUGUACAUAGGGCAGAUAACAUGAUUAUUCAAUCAAUAGCUUUGUUGGAUCAAUUGGACAAGGAUAUAAAUACAUUUUCUAUGAGGAUAAGAGAAUGGUAUUCUUAUCAUUUCCCUGAAUUGGUAAAAGUAGUUCCAGAAAAUUAUACAUAUGCUAAAUUAGUGAAACUGAUUAAAAAUCGGAAGGAUUUAACCGAAGAGUCUUUAGAUAGUUUGGAAGAAAUUACAAUGGACUCUGGCAAGGCUCAAGCAAUUUUAAGUGCUGCCAGAUCAAGUAUGGGAAUGGACAUCAAUCCAAUUGACUUACUCAAUAUUGAAAUGUUUGCGAGUAGGGUCAUAUCGUUGACGGAGUAUCGAAAACAGUUAUCUGAGUAUUUGAAAUCUAAAAUGUCAGAUGUGGCUCCAAAUCUGGGUCAACUUAUAGGAGAACAAGUAGGAGCUAGGUUAAUUGCCCAUGCUGGAUCAUUAACAAAUUUGGCGAAAUACCCUGCAUCGACAGUUCAGAUAUUAGGCGCCGAAAAAGCUUUAUUUAGAGCUUUAAAAACAAGAGGAAACACUCCCAAGUAUGGUUUAUUGUUCCAUACAACAUUUAUUGGAAGGGCCGGAACGAAAAAUAAAGGUCGGAUAUCCCGUUAUUUAGCAAAUAAAUGUUCAAUAGCGUCCAGAAUUGACUGCUUCACUGAAGUUCCUAGUCAAGUAUUUGGAGAAAAAUUGAGGCAACAGGUUGAAGAUCGUCUCAAAUUUUAUGAAACAGGCGAAGCUCCUAAGAAGAAUAUUGAUGUAAUGAAAGAAGCAAUUGAGGAAGUUCACCAGCUUAAUGCAGCGCAGAAGAAAAAGAAGAAGAAAAAGAAAACUGCUUCUGAAGCUUUAAGUAAUGGCGAUGAAACUAAUGCUAAUGGGUCUUUAAAUGCAGAUGAAGAUCAUGUACCCAAAAAGAAAAAGAAAAAGCGUAAUAUUGAAGAAUCUGUUGAUAAUGCAGAAAUAGAUACCUCAGUGUCAGAACCACCCAAAAAGAAGAAAAAGAAGAAUAAAUCAGAAUAAUGGAAUCCAACAGUUUGAGGUUAUAUUUUAGUGUAAGUGACUGCAUAUUUCUGUAUGCUAUUUUAUUGUAUGUGUAAAAGGGCAAAAUGUCUAAAUAUUAAAAUAUUGUUUUAUUUAACAAUGUUGACAUGAAAUAAAUAAAAAACAUAUAUUUUUAGUACUGGUUAUCAGAUUUUUUGUUAAAUAUACAAAUUAUUGCUAUUAUUAAAUAAAAAAAAAUGAUUAAUUGGUUAAACGUCUUGAUUUUAUAUAUGUAUUGUAUAUUAUUAGUUAAUACUUGUGUUGUACAAUAUAUAUUUAAUGUAACUUUGACAUUACUGAAUUUAAAUAAAAUUGUUUUUUUU